AUGUUUGCAGAGAAAUACGGAGAUAAAGCCCAGCAACAGUUCCGUGACUUGCUAUCCGAGGCUAUAUCGAAUAAAACAGAUAAGAUCCCAAUAUUGAAUGAAACCUCUUUGGACUUGAUCCCCGAUGGACAUCUUGUAUGUGUCUAUGGCAUGGUGCAAGACAUGUUCGGUAUCGAGUUAUUCAUGGACGAGUUCUCGUUAAGUGGUAGCGGCGAUAAUCGGUUACGUUCUUUCCGAUUUCGAGACUUUGGUUCUGACGAGGUAUACUCCGGUGAACCAGAAAAUGUCAAGUUCGGUGAAAGACAGUCAGCUUAUGUUGUUCCUGUCCCUGGAGAAUCAUCUUGGCUAAUUGGAAACAAGCGUGCUAUUGGUGAUGACGAGGAGCUACCUAUCGAACCAAAAAAAGCUAAAGGAACAAGUGCUGACGCCAGCACAAGCAAGCCAAAACCAAGAAAACAAUUUCCACUGACAGAAGAAGAAGAGGAAGAGCAACGGACUGGUGUUUUGGUUCGGCUGUACGGCGAGGAACAAGAUACGCUGAAGAUCAACGAGGUCGUUGAGGUUUUCGGCAUACUGGAACACACUCGUCUUGGGAGUAUCAUGGUUCAGGAUGAAUUCGCACAGGAUGCAAAAGGAUCGGAACCAAUACCACGAGUCCAUGCAGUUAUCAUUAGGCGCUUAAAGCACAACAAUCCCUCUCUGCCAAACAGUGAAUUGAUGCCGGCAACGGAUAGUCACCCGGACGCGGACAAAUCUAGUUGUCUGUUGUCCUUCGUGGAUCAGAGUCGCAUGAAUGCAGCCCGUUCAACCCUGCACACGAUUUUGUUGGAGUGUUACAAAGGCGACUCACUGGCUGCUGACUAUACUCUGAUCCAUCUUUCAUCCGCUCGUCUUGACGUGGAAAGUCCUUACCCAAGCAAGCUACCAGCCCUAAACAUUGUAUGCCCGACAAAUGAUGAGGAUACAACUCAGCCAUCUUCGCCUGGGGUUCACGCUACGCCAGCAGACACUGCCGGCCUUUUGAGUCGUCUGCGCUUGUUACUUCCAUGUCUCGUGACGCAGCUUGCUCCUGUUACUGUGACUCUGGAGUCGCUUAACAAUGGCCCCAAUCUGAUGCCAAUCAGGGAUGCAGACCGGGGUUCUCUAGAUGCGGUCGAUGAAACAGGUAUGACGACCGGCCAACUGCAAUCCCGCGGUAUUCUCAACCUUCGUGCACUCACGAUGCUAGCCACAAAGCAGUGUGUACCGUACGAUUUUCAGUUCUACACCCAAGAUUGGGACACCGACUGUCGUGUGUUGAUAAUUUCAGCCGGUCAGUCACUUGUCAAGUCCACUCUGGCCUUACCGUGGGUGCCGGAAGGAGACUUCUCCAUCGAAUGCACUUACAACCAGGCUGACACAAUAUGGAAUGAAUUGAGGAACUACUUGACUAUUCUCACUCAAUCAAAUUCACUCUAUUCCAUGGAAGAACCACUGCAGAAGCGAAUCAAUGAUGAUUUUGUGAAAUGGCGCCGAUCGAAGGAAACCUUCAUAGAAGCCGAUGACUUGGCAAUUAUGUUAUGCCUUCUCAGGACCCUUUGUCUGACGCACGGUGAGAACCACGCAACAGUGGAACGUUGGGAACAAGUGUGUCGUAUGGAGGAACAACGUCGCCUUCGUUUGAAAAAACGAUGACUAACAUGCCACCUAUUAGCCCUACAUGUUUAAUUCAGGGUUAUGCAUUUACAUAACCAGAUUUCCGCAUUGUUAAUCGCAAGAAAUUUUACGAUGUUAUAUAAUUUUACGUCAAG